GUGAGUCACACUUCAAUGGCUACCAGCAGCCAUUCCUUUACUUCCAAGUCCUGUUUCUGACCGCUCAGUUUGAGGCGGCCAUUGAGUUCUUGUCUCGGAUAGAGCGGCUGCGCUACUGUGCCGUGCAUGUGGCUCUGGUGCUGUAUGAGAUGAAACUGUUGGUGACUCCACCCAACAGCCAGGCACAGCUGUUGACCCAAGACCCUGCAGACGGACCUAGUAUCAGGCGGUUAAACAUUGCCAGGCUCAUCAUGAUGUACACACGCAAGUUCGAGGUCACAGAUGCCAGGGAGGCCUUGCAAUAUUUCUACUUCCUGAGGAACCUGAAGACACCCAGUGGAGAGAACUUGUUCUUGUCCUGUGUCAGUGAGCUGGUUCUAGAGACUAGAGAGUUUGACAUGCUGCUGGGACGACUAGAAAAAGAUGGAUCUAGAAAGCCAGGGGCAAUCGACUGGUUCCAUCAGGACACACAGAAGAUCACAGAGAUGGUAGCCAGCGAUACUGAAGCCAAGGGCAUGUUUGAGGAUGCAGUCAUGCUGUAUGAUUUAUCACAGAACCAUGAGAAGGCCCUGAGCCUGAUCAAUAAGUUGCUGAGCCAGGUUGUUGCCAGUCCACCAUCACCUCAGUCCACACGGAACCGCCUUGCCAGUUUGGCUAUUAAUAUGGCAGAAAGGUACAGCACUCUAGGCCAUGAAGCCUCACCAAUGACCACUAAAACAUUUUACCUUCUGCUGGACCUCAUCACAUUUUUCGACCUGUGUCACCAGGGUGCCGUCGAUGAAGCUUUGGAGUUGAUGAAAGGAAUCAAACUGCUACCUUUUGCUCCAGAAGAGGUUGAUCACAGAGUCAAUAACUUCAAGCAUUACUCGGAUGAGAUUCGAAGAUGUCUACCCGACCUUUUGUUGGCCACCAUGAACAUACUUCUCAACAAAUACAACAGCACCAGGGCUUCUGGUGCACACACAACAGUGGCCAGGCUGGGGCUGGUGGAUGAUGGGGGCAAGGACACUUACCUGAAUUACCUGCGCAGCCACGCCAGGACCUUGAUCAUGUUUGCUGGCAUGUUGCCGUAUCGCCUGCCGGGCGAUACAAACGUAAGGCUGGUGCAGAUUGAGGUUCUCAUGAGUUGA